AUGCCGCCGAAAAGAGUUAUCCUCCGACUGCGAGACAAUGAUUUCCCGGACUUUAUUUACUCUGAUAUCAUUGACUGUGUCAACUUAUAUCUCGCUCUCGACGGACGCCCCGAGGAACCGGUAGAGGAACUGGUACACAAGCAUCAUUGGCACUAUCAGCCUGCCAAUCCAGAUUAUCCGAAUCAACGGUUCCAUGUCAUCAUCGAUGUUGAUAAGGAGGAGCACACUGGACCUGUACGGGGAGAGUUCAGCCAUGAGCUCUACCGUGUCGCCAAUAUUAAGGGGGCCAAGCGUAUUGUGCUGCUCAAAAACAAGCUCGAGCUAGAGAACUUCUUGCGGAAGAUGCGACAGUACACCGAUACGACAUAUCCGUGGGGAGAAGAUAUUUCAAGAACAGGCCGGUCUGAGUGA